AUGGAAAAUAAAAAACAGUGCGGCGCUUGUGAAUUGGUGAUCAACGAUCUAGAGCCUUUACGCUGCGGGUUCUGCGAAACAUUGUUUCACAUCAGCCAGCAGUGCUGUGGCAUUAAUCUUCGACCGUGCAGAGAUAUAUUUGCGCAAGGCAAAGUUUUGUUUAUCUGCCCCGAAUGCAGGAGUUUGCUAAACGGAAGAAGCAUCCGUGCCUACAUGGCCGAUUUAGAUUCUUCCCAAUCGAACAGCACAAACGGCUUUGCCACGCAAUUACAACAACUAUCUGGCCUGGUUGAAGCGUUAAGCAAAAAAGUGGACAACAUUUCUUCUGCCUCGACACAAAACAAAUAUUCUGCUGCUUCGCCUUUGCUCGGUUUACCAAGUGAGAGUGGAACACCAGUUUGGCCGAGAUUGAGUGCAAAACGUCGUCGCGGUGAUUAUGACCAAUCCACUCGUCCAGCUUCCAAUAAAGGCACAAAAGCAAUUGAUUUUGAAAAUCUUUCGGUGCCUUUUAUCAUGCCUGCUGCUCCGAAACCAGUGUUCUGGAUUUAUUUGUCUGGAUUUCAACCAUUGAUAUCCGAUGAUGAUGUCAAAAAAAUCGUUUCUCGCUGUUUGGACAUAAAUGACCCAAUAAAUGUAACUCGUCUUGUGCCGAAAGGAAAGGAUGUUUCACAAAUGACUUUCCUGUCUUUUAAAAUUGGUCUUGAUCCGUCGAUAAAACAACAGGCCCUCAACGCUGAAAUUUGGCCAGCUGGUUUGAUGUUUAGGGAGUUUAUGGACCAGCCAAAAAACCCGAUACGGCCGAUGAACAUUGCGACCCGGCAAUAA